CUGAGCAAAGUGGUGCGGCCCUGCUCCUGGGACAUGCCGGCUGGGAGACUCUUCUCUGGAGACUCAAGUGCAGCCUGUGAGGCACCAGCACGGAUUGCUCUCAUGCUAGCGGUGGAGGGUGUGGGACGCCUCUUGUCACAGAUGCAACUCUAGCCCUGCUGGGGCAGGAGCGCUCUUGCUGCAGGACGUGAGGAGCAGCAGGGACGGGGAUGCUCUACAUGGACUAGUGAGCCCCACGCUGCUGGUGUAGACUUUUCUCCUCCUCCCCAAAGGAUGCCCGUUGCCUGUCCAAAAUCUACUACCUGUGCAGCCUGCUGGAGUGUGAUGGCGAAGGGUCUACAGGGCUUCCUGUGGACUGUGCUUCUACUGUUCUGUGCUGUGCCACCACCAGGGGCCUGGGCUGCACAGAUGGAGGUGGGGGGGCCUGGCCUAGGGCAGCCAGGGGCCCCUGCACUGCUGGCUGGUGGCAGAGUAAAGCGUGGCUGGGUGUGGAACCAGUUCUUUGUGGUGGAAGAGUACACGGGCACGGAGCCACUAUACGUGGGGAAGAUCCACUCGGACUCAGACGAGGGGGACGGCUCCAUCAAGUACACCAUCUCUGGGGAGGGCGCGGGCACCAUUUUCCUCAUUGACGAAAUCACGGGGGACAUCCAUGCCACCGAGCGCCUGGACCGGGAGCAGAAAACCUUCUACACUCUGCGCGCGCAGGCCCGCGACCGGCAGACGGACCGGCUGCUGGAGCCCGAGUCGGAGUUCAUCAUCAAGGUGCAGGACAUCAACGACAGCGAGCCCCGCUUCCUGGAGGGGCCCUACAUCGGCAGCGUGGCCGAGCUCUCCCCCGUCGGCACAUCUGUGAUGCAGGUGAUGGCAUCUGAUGCUGACGACCCCACAUAUGGGAGCAGCGCUCGGGUGGUCUACAGUGUGCUGGAGGGUGAGCAGCACUUCACUGUGGACAGUAAAACAGGUGUGAUCCGGACAGCUGUGGCCAACCUGGAUCGUGAGACACAGGACCGGUAUGAGGUGGUUAUCCGUGCCACAGACAUGGCAGGGCAGCUGGGUGGCCUGUCUGGAUCCACCACAGUCACCAUUGUGGUCACUGAUGUCAAUGACAACCCACCGCGCUUCCCCCAAAAGAUGUACCAGUUCAGCAUUGUGGAAACUGCCCCUGUGGGCACUGCUGUUGGGAGAGUGAAGGCAGAGGACUCUGACGUCGGGGAGAACACAGACAUGAUGUAUCAAAUGAAGGACGAAGAAGGGGUGGAGAUGUUCAGAGUCACCACAGACGGCAAUACCCAAGAGGCUAUCAUCGUAGUACAGAAGCCACUUGACUACGAGUCAAAAAAGGUGCAUACUAUCGUUGUGGAGGCUCUCAACAAGUUCGUGGACCCGCGGUUUGUGGACCUGGGCACCUUCCGGGACCAGACCAUUGUGCGGGUCUCGGUGCUGGACGUGGAUGAGCCCCCUGAGUUCCGGCCCCCCUCCGACCUGAUGGAGGUCCAGGAGGACGCACACAUCGGCUCUGUCGUGGGGGUGGUCACUGCCCUCGACCCGGACACGGCGAACCACCCUGUCCGAUACGCCAUCGACCGCAGCACAGACGUGGAUAGGAUCUUCAACAUCGAUGCCAACACGGGUGCCAUUGUGACAGGGAAGAUCCUGGAUCGGGAGACGGCUGGGUGGCACAACAUCACUGUCCUAGCAAUGGAAGCAGAUAACCACUCGCAGGUGUCGAGAGCCUCUCUCCGCAUCCGCAUCCUGGACGUGAACGACAACCCGCCCGAGCUCGCCACCCCCUACGAGGCCGCCGUGUGCGAGGAUGCCAAGCCAGGACAGCUCAUCCAGACCGUCAGCGUCGUGGACCGCGAUGAGCCCCAGGGCGGCCACCGCUUCUACUUCGCGCUGGCGCCCGAAGCCUCCCGCAACCCCCACUUCUCCCUGCUCGACGUCAAGGACAACACGGCCGCGGUGCACACGCAAAGCGUGGGCUUCAAUCGCCAAGAGCAAGACGUGUAUUUGCUGCCCAUCCUGGUGGUGGACAGCGGCCACCCGGCCCUCAGCAGCACAGGGACUCUGACCAUCCACGUGUGUGGCUGCGACAGCAGCGGGGCCAUCCAGUCCUGCAACAGCACAGCCUACAUCAUGUCUGCCACGCUGAGCCCUGGCGCACUCAUCGCUCUGCUGGUCUGCGUCCUCAUUCUGGUCGUGCUGGUCCUUUUGAUCCUCACGUUGAAGCGACACCACAAAAGCCACCUGACAUCUGAGGAUGAUGAGGACAUGAGGGACAAUGUCAUCAAAUACAACGACGAAGGGGGUGGUGAGCAGGACACAGAGGCCUAUGACAUGUCAGCCCUCCGCAGCCUCUACGACUUCAGUGAGAUCAAAGGUGGUGACGGUGGAGGGGGGCCAAGGGAGGGAGGCCUGAGCGGAAACCUGGCCUCUGAGCUCCACGCGCUCCCACAGUGGGUGCAGAACCCAGACCUGGACUUCUCCCUCUUCAAGGAUUAUAUCUGCAAGAAGGUGGAACAGGCAGAUGAGGACAUCUCGGUGCCGCCCUACGACUCCUUCCAGACCUAUGCCUUCGAGGGCUUGGACUCCCCCAUCCCCUCGCUUAGCUCCAUCAACACCUGGUCCAGCAGCUCGGAGCAGGACUUCUCCUACCUGGGGGGCUGGGGGCCACGUUUCCGGCAGCUGGCCGCGCUCUACACGGGGCGCAGGGGUGAGGAGGAGGGCGAGGAGUCCUAGCUGCCCGACCAGCCCCGGAGCGAGGUGUGGGUGUGGGCCAGGUUGGGCCCCAGCGUGGGCACCCACGGCCAGCACCCCGGGGCCGCAGUGUGGCCAGGAGAGCGGGGCAGGCGUGCUGCCCACGCAGCCUCUCCUUGGGGCUCCUCAGCACCAGCUCGGCUGGGCUGCAGCGCCCAAGGGAGCCGUCGUCGCCAUCGUAACCUCUUUAAUACCAAUCUCCAUUAAAGCACUACACAUUAAUUUAAGAAAGAGAAAAUCUAAUUCAAGAGAGUUCGUAGGGGGUUCUCCCCCCCCAUGUUAUCAUU